AUGAUGAGGUUUGAUAAAGGAAAAGACAAGUUAUUGAUUGAAUCAGUAAAAUCUUCACACUUCAUAGUAAUACACGAACUCAUCUCUGACGUGCAACAUUUGCGACAACGGGAAAGAGUUUCGCUUCUGAAAAAACAGAUAAAAAACGAGUUAAAAGGCAAAAUAUUCACAAUAGACGAUUCAGAUGAGAACUACGAUUUUGUCACGGAUAAAAACUACAAAAUAACACCAAUCAAUACUUUACCGAGAACAGUUUUUCCGACCGGCGAAACUCAAGUUGUAACAGACGCCGAGACUAAAGACAAUACACUGCGAAACAGCUCAAAGAAAUAUCGUUUGAAGAAGAGAAAGCGAAUAAACGUAAAGAAAUCGAAAGUUAGUAAAAAUAUUUCGCUCCCAGUGCCUUUAGAGACUUUCUAUAGGCGGAACUUUGAUGCUAUGCUCAAUACGCAAGCAAAAUGGCCGCAUUGUCAAACACUGGUCACGCCAAUACUUAAAGGAUUUAAAAAAGUUGAGGAACCGUAUAAAAGACUGCAGAGCACUGAUCCAUCCGUUGUCAGGGUCUUGGAACUGUUGAGUAUCGACACCACGUCUUUUAGCAAAGAAGACAUCUAUUCAGUCCUGUAUCAACUGAGUGUACAGAAGAUAAGACUAUUUCAGUGGGACGUAACGCCUAUUAAGAUGUUGUUAAACGUGAUCAUAAAAGAUAAAGUCCACACAUUUAAAUCGUUGCGUCAUGGCUUACGAGUAAUGUUUAACGAUUAUUGGAAGAUGGAUCUGUCCAAUGCCACCAAUAUGUUGCGACAAUCAAGGAUAUUUCGCCCACCGUGCGUAAGAGCUGAUGAAGUGGCAGGUGAGCCUUUUAUAACGGCCGUUCCCAAUAUUCAGUCUAUCCCUUACUUGAGAUGA